AUGGCAAUGAAAAUAAACCCAGUCUCCAAGAUAAUUGGACUUUCAUCUGUUUUGGCAGUCGGAUUUUUGAUGGUUGUUUUGGCAGCUGCAGUUUGGGGCAACUGGAUGCCAAUUGUUUCCGCUCUCUUGUUUGCAACUGCUCACUUACCCAUAUUAAUCAUAAACUCGCAUUAUGUUUACGAUAAUUCUUUAGACAUGGACGAAGAAGGUGAAACAUCUGGUGCUACGGAUGUUGGCCACUUCCUUGAAAGCCUACUGCUUACGUCAGCAGUUGCCCUACCGCUAUCCCUAUUACAUUGCCAUACUAUGACGAAGCAGGCUUCAAUUUUGACAGUAUUAGGUGGAUCUUUGAUAUAUGGCACGAUUGUUACGUUCACGACGUUUUUCGAUGGUUUUAAGGAGGAGGAUGAUCCGUUUGGGUUUUAG